CGACAUUGGGGGAGGUGGAAUAGUUUGAUCGGCCUAGGCGGAAACAAACUGAUUGUGACAGCAUAGACUAUUAUAUACAAACUGGUUGACUGCCAACUGAUCGCAAAACUCAUCCGCUAAAAACUUUUCUUUUCAUACAGCAGUUGGCAACUUUCUUUUCCCACUUGGAAUUGACAACCAGACCGCUGUGUGUGCACACACACACAGUUGCAUUUCCAAAGUUUUGACGGCGACGUGUCAUCCCAGCGGCGCACGCCAUGCAGUUGAUCCCCCUUCGAUCCCUUUAUUUUAAACUCCUUACACGCUCGACGUAGUAGAGUUGUCUGUCAUCCAUCCAUCCAUCUAGGAGUGCUGCUGCGGAUGGAAUAGGGAAAAAGUGGGGCGGAAUGAGGUGGGGAUCGACGGGGUGGAAGAAAAGACGUCGUCGACGUCGAAGCGGUUUUGGUGAUCAUCGAUCUACAUCAAAGGCGUCAACCAAAAAGCCGACGCGAUACGUGACGGGCAAGUCUCUGACAGUCGCCGCCAGGAGGGUCGAACGCCGCUUUUAUGGUGGAGGGAGAGCGAGAGGGAUUUAUAGCAGGAGUACAGUGGGUUUAAUAAGGGAAAAGGGGGGAGCUGGAUUGUGAUUGGCGGUCGUUGCGUCGACUCCGCCCGCUCCUACAGCAGUGCGGGAUCGAAUCCACGGGCGGAGUCAACAUCGCCAUUGGUUCCCUGCGUCUCCUUACUGACGUCACCCUUAUGUACAACAUGAGAGCGAAGGUUUUCUAUACAUUUUCAAUUGAAGGAUGGGAGAGGAGUCAAGGGAGGAUUUGGGUGGGGAGAGAUGGGAGGUGGAGAGGAGCUGAACGGUUACAAAUAGUCUCGGAAUCGUCCAAUCUGAUCGUAAACGUGAUCCGGAAAUCCCGCAAUCAAAUACUACACUCCCGCUUCGCUCCUUAAAAGUUUUGAUCGUUGAACAGACACACGCAAACAUCGUGGAAGCAAAACUCACCACAACAUCUCCGAGUAUACAACUGCAAAGUGAUCCUUCCAGCUUUUUGUCCCAAUCAAUUUGACCCAGCAGGCAGGCAGUACAUUGAUCCCAAAGAAGUUUUUUUUCCAGAAAUCCUGUCCUGCCGUUGAUGAUGGAGACGCGGAUCCUGAUGUCGUCGUCGACUUCGUCUGCCAGCAAUAGCAGCAAUUACGAAGAAAUGAUGCUGAACCGGAAGGAAUCAUCGUCGGUACAUCAUCAUCACCACCAAAGAAGCAACAACUCUUCGUCAGUGACGGCCAUCGGUGCCGGCGGUGGUAAUGGGGGACAUCAUCAUCAUCACCAUCAUUCCCAUCACAAUCAAACGACUCAACUUCCUCCGUCGUUGACCGUACAGAUGAGGCCUCACUCAACGCCGGCCACUCUCCUCUGGCUGGAAGAGAAUUAUGAAAUGGCUCAAGGAGUUUGCGUUCCACGCAACACCCUUUACCUCCACUACGUCGAUUUCUGUUCCAAACAUGGCAUGACACCCGUCAAUGCCGCUUCUUUCGGCAAGAUAAUCCGGCAGCAGUUUCCGCAAUUGACAACCCGCCGUUUGGGAACGAGAGGCCAAUCACGCUAUCAUUAUUACGGGAUCGCUAUACGAGAGAACUCUGCUUAUUACGAGCUCGUGUACUCUAAGAAAGGCCUACAAGCGACUGAAGAUAUUCGAAAGGAUCAUCUGAGACAGAUGCCUUCCUCUUGUUCGGGAAACCAGCAAGGAGGAAUGUCGUCGUCGUCGUCUGCAAGAUCUUUGACAUCAUCGACCUCGGCGGUGGGUACGAGCGGUGGCGGGAUGCCGGUUUCAGUGGCAGUGGCUCAAGCGGCCACGGCCGUCGCCCUGGCCACCCGCCUACCCGAGUUCCCUAAUUUACGUGAUUUGUGUCUACCGCCGGGUGGCAUCAGUGGGGGCGUACCCGAGGAGCGCGUGGCUACAUUUAUUGUAAUGUACCGUGCACACUGUCAGCGACUCCUUGACACGAUUAUUCGGGGCAGUUUCCAAGAAGUGCAAACAUUCCUGCUGCAUUACUGGCAAGGCAUGCCGCCUCACUUGGUUGGUGUCCUAGGAAGUCACGUGGUCGUCAACAUUGUCGGCGUCUGCGACUCGAUCCUUUACCGCUCUGUGUGCAGCAUCCUCAUGUCUUCUGUUAUUCGAGGAUUGCCGGAGAAUUUGAUCCAAAUGAUUCGCAAAUUUGCUUCCGAACUGGAUUCUUGGCUUCAAGCCGCUUUGGAGGACUUGCCGGAAAAUUUGCGUGCCGUCAAAAUCGAUCUUGCUCGACAUUUUUGUCACAUGCUCAGGAGACAAAGUUCCCUCAAUCAGCUUUUUGGGACGGUGCGGUUAGCUUUACACGAUCCGCAAGUCAACAGCGUUUUGCUUCACGAUUGGCAACGUCAGGAUCUUCACGCCAUGGCCAAAAGCGCACUGCAGGCCGUCAGCAAUUUUCAUUUGGGAGAUCACAGCCAACAGUUUCGUAAACGUCGUUCGACAGAUACCCAAUCCAUCAAUCCGGCCACCGUUGAAUUUAUUGCUGCCUUCGGCGGCGAGUUUGAACGCUUGUUGGCGGAGCAGGCGCCGUUGGAAGCCUACACUGAAUGGGUGGAGUCGAUUGUGGAUCGGUGCGUCCUCCAACAGCGCGGCCAUCAUCGCAGCAGACCCGCCUCUUCGUUGCGCCACUCGAUCCGCCAGUUUCUCCUUGUAUGGAUGGCUUUUAGCGGCCGUUUGCUGCGUGAGUUGACCGCACAGACCGCUGCCGGAUUCGAAACGUUUCAUUUGAUGCGCAUCAUGGUGGACGAUUAUUUCCUGUACCUGGUCGAGUUGUUGCACGUUGACGACCGAGCUCGUGAGCUCAUGCGUAACAUCACACUCGACAUUCCGCCAGAAUACCUGGACACUGACUAUGAAGGUUUCCUAGCCACCGUUUUUGCCAAUUUUGAUGUUUCACCAGAACUGGCUGGCCUCGGUUCGGAUCAUUCAUCUUCCGCCAAUCGCCAUCUGACCGUGGGUGAACCACAUUACGCUGAAGUCGUGACGGACGAAGCCAAUCACAUGGAAACCGGAAGUCCCAGCAGCCAGCAGCAACAAGUGAUUGUGGUCAACAAUACCAGCAACAAUGAUUACAACGGUCUACCGACCGAAUCUACUUCUGACACUGGAGCAUCAGAUGAAACGUUCACGGGCUAUGACUACGCAACCAACGUCAGGCUUGCCAAUGGAUACAAAUUCACAAGUGGCGGUGGGCCUACCAAUACCGGAGUGUAUACGAGCUAUCCGGCGACUAAUACUCCGCCUGCAGCAUCUCAUCAAUUGAGUUAUUAUCCGAGUACUGGCUUUGGCGAUGUCUCAACGUCGGCCGAACAGUAUACUAAUGGCUCGUACAACGCAGCCUAUCAGCAAUUCCACAUCCGACGGGACUUUAGCACCGAAGUUAUCCAUCAUCAGGUGCACAGCUGUUCAACUUCGGGUGGAGGUUCUACCGGAUUUUAUCCGCCUGAACAUCAGCAAUCGCCACUGGUAAUCACACCAACAACAGGCACAAAUUACGUCACCACUGCCGGAAGCGGUGACUAUUACGGGACGGUCUAUGAUGUCACGUCGUCCGCUUCGUCCAGCAGUAGCACAUCUGUAUACGGAGACCUAAACGACCAGAAUCAUUCAAAAUUGAAGAAAAAUGAAACUGUCAUAGCACAACAGUCGUCAAGUAUCAUUAAUAGCCAGGCACAACCUGAGACGGAAUGUGGAGGUAAAGCGCCUGAAACAAAUACUUCAAGCAAUUUUCAUAUUUCCUCAGAGCCCUACAUUCGUUCAUAAGAUGUUCAACUGUACUAUUUUGAUUGAAACCUAGUCGAUUUAUUUAUCCCAAUCUUUCGUAAAUGAUCUCAUUAUUGCCAAAGGACAAUUCGGCAAAUUAGUACAACAUUCGCCAGAAUCCCGAGUGAACACUUGGUCCCAGCACAAACCAAAAUUCUUAUCACUAACUAAAAAGUGAGCUUCUUCAUGUCUUAUUUGAUCAUUAUAUUUUCUAGUCUGCGUAUACACUCCUUCCUUAUACUUCGGUACAUCAGUCAGAUGCUGGUCAAUGUUAAAUUGCACACGACUUUUUUUUUUCUAUCACUUCAAAUUUAUUUCGAUGGCUGGUUGUUUGGCCUUUUGCUGAAACUUCUAAUUAAGAACUAUUUCUUUCGUGUAUUCAGACUUUGGAGUUUUACAUAUAUUGCUGAUUUCCUUCUUGUGUGCAUGCUAUUAUCGUUCAUAAUUGAAAUCCUUUCAAUACACUUAUAUUUCGUUUGGA